UAGUUUUAUGACAGCAGGCGGAGGGCUCGCUGUACACGGACGGGAACGGAACUUUGAGCCAACAACGACGACAUCCAAGUCGCUCACCAGUGCAAAAGUUGUGUUGAUGUGUCCGGUUGUGUUAUUGUAGCGAUGCGUAAGAAAUCGACUCGUUACCCGGAACCGGAUGGUGCGUGUCGCGUAGGAUUCGCGAGAAUCCUUGAGGAUAUUCGUGGGCGCAGUUGUUGAUUGACGACCUGAGAGGUCGUAGUUUUUUUUUCUGCUGUCGGGAUUCUCUUCCAUCGUAGUGAAUCCACAAUACACUUGCAAACCUUCAAUACGGCAGGGUGACUGUGUGCGUGUUUCAGUGUACGAUUAUUGUACGCUCUUGAGGUGGAAAGCACAAUACUUCUCACAGUCGUGGGACACGGGGUUUUGGGUGCGGAAAAGGGGGCAGGACGAAACGAGCGGUGGGUUGCCGAUGGAAAGUGUCUUUUCCUCUGGUGUGCGGAAAAUUAUUGGUGUCAAACCCAAUGUGUCGAAAUGGAGCCCAGUUUGGAGGGAUGAAAAAUUCAUACAAAAUGUAAAUCAAGUGAAAUUUUAGCCAGGUCUAAAGUGGAGUUAAGUGUGCGGCAGAUUAAGAAGAAUCGCGAAGAAAAACUAAAAGAUUUUAAGCAUUACUGUUCAUAUCAGUAAAAAGUUGAGAAACCUUCGGCGGAAUAAUUGCACCGCGGAGAAAAAAAAAGUCGUAUUAAAACUUUCCGUGCAUAGAAUUCGCGUGUAACUGCGAGGGAUUCACUCGAGAGGACAUCGCCAAACAUAUUAAUUGUCUGGCACCGAAGUAGCGGGCGAUUACGAGCCUGCUUGAGGUCGUCAUUCGUUAAUUUGGGCACUGCAAGGACCACCCUAGGGUUAGUGAAGCUUACCCGCACCGGAAUAGGUGGCCUUCUGGUGGCCACCUGGUGGCUGCGAGGAGUGAUGUCGCCGUGUCGUUUCCGGGCAGAGCAGCAGAGCAAGAAUCUGACGAAUUCGGUGGAGGCUGGCGUGGUGAUUAUUUCGGUGGAACAAGUGCGAACCUGGUCCCGGUUUGAAGUAUGCUGAAGCCGAUCAAGAACUUUAUCACCUAUCUGCAGAAGAAUGCUAAUGGUUCGGCGAUAUUCGGUCUAACCCCCACCACAAUGGGUCCCAACGAAGAACCGACGACCACCUCGCUCGACGAGGCCGUUACGACCACGGUCGUCAGCGGUUGCGGCGUCGACGAAGAGGACGGCCUGAUGCCCGCGGACGAGCUAAACUGCGACGAUCCGCUGUACGAUCCACUGGCGCUGGAUGACGCCGCAUGCGGUUCGGACCUGAACGUGAGCUGCACCAGCAGUAUCGCCACCGAUCUGGACACUUCCGCGCAGAUUACGCUGGUGGACGUGACCAGCCUGAAGAACAGUCCCAUCCGACGAGACUCGGAGGAGGAGAACAUUAGCGUAGUGACAAACGGUGGUGAAUCUGUGAAUAUUAGUGUAAACGGACAAGUUGGCAGUGAGACGUCGCCGUUGGUGAAUGGCCAUGGCGGCGGGGACGAGACCAAGUCUACCAUUCUGGGGGAUGACAGCUUUACGACGGCUUCCACCGGGGGAACCCCGAACGUUACGAUUAACGGACAGUGCAUUGCUAGCGGUAACGGUGAGGUGGAAUUUACGGUGGCGGAUGGAGUACCGGCAGUUACGACCGGUACCGAAGCGGCCGCGUCGACUCAGGGAACGCCGCGACAACGGGAAGAGGAGGAAGCUAGUGAUGGGUCCGAUUCGGGGCUCGGGUCGGAACCUUCUAGGAAUUUGGUUCCAAGUGUGGCGGUAAAAAGUAAUCUCAAGCGACGCUCGGCGGAAGACGCCCCGACGACGGAUGUGAGCAGCGAGAAGCGACCAAAGAAGGGCAUCACGUUCGACGGAGUUACCGUGUUUUACUUCACCCGGAUGCAGGGCUUCGGGUGUGUGCCGUCGCAGGGCGGUUGUACGCUGGGGAUGGAGUUCCAGCACAUGCACUCGAGACGCUUCACCCUGGCCGAACACGCCGCCGAGCAGCGCAAGAUGCACCGUGCCCAGCUCCAGGAGCUGAAUGGCGCCCGGUCCAGCUCCAGCGAGGAAACCGACAGCGAGGAAGAACCCAGCGAAAGCGGCUCCGAAGCGGAGAGCGAAUCGUACGGCUUCCUGCAGCCAGUAACGACGCGCCAGCGACGGGCGCUGCUGAAAGCUGCCGGGGUACGGAAGAUCGACUCGACGGAGAAGGACGAGUGCCGGGUCAUUCGGACGUCGCGGGAAGUUUGCGGCUGCACGUGCCGCGAGUACUGCGAUCCGGACACGUGCGCUUGCAGCCAGGCGGGGAUCAAGUGCCAGGUUGAUCGGCCGAACUUUCCCUGCGGGUGCACCCAGGACGGGUGUGCGAACGUGGUUGGACGGGUGGAGUUCAAUCCGGCCCGGGUUAGGACACACUUUAUCCACACGAUAAUGCGGUUGAAUCUGGAGAACAAAGCUAGUGAGGACCAGCGGCAUAUGAGUGGGGGAAGUAGCUACGGAAGCGGGAAAGAUUGGUCGAGCGGACCGGUGCGAUUACCAGGGCUGUACGGGAUGAUGGGCGGGGGUGGUGCAGUGGAGCAAGUUGACAGCUACCAUCAGCAGCCUCAGUACGGACACCAGGGUUACCAGGGUGCGGAAUCGCUGGAUCUGCACUACGCGUUCCGGGAUUACUACGGUACCGGUGCGCAGCAGCAACCCCAGCCAGUAGUCAACGACCAGCUAACGAUGAUGAGUUCCUACUACGGCAACUACGCGACUCCUCUCGAUCAGUACCACCAGCCUCACCAUCCCGGUCUAGACCAGCGACAGCCCGAUCCACAUUCCUCCUACCACGGCCAGCAACAGCAACCGCUGGACAGCCUAAGCUCCGCGGUCAUCAUAGACGAAGACACCACCCUCAAUACCCCCAUCAACCCAAACUUUGUCUGCGACGACCCACCACAGCCCGAACCAACCUCCACCCCAACCACCGCCCUCAGCUCCCAGCUGAGCCUAGACGCGUCCCAACCCUCCCAAGACCCACUCGACAGCAGUAGCAGCUUCAUCGACCUCAACAGCCCUCUGGCGGCGCCCUCCAGCGAUCGGCUCGAAGCGAUCAACGACCUGCUCGCGAGUAGCCGCGCCAGUGCCGUCACCGCCGUCGUCAAGCGAUCCCUUCCCGAGGAGGACGACGAGCUGAGCGACUUCCGCGACCCACCCGUCAUGCCCACCGUCGUCAUCGACUGCGACGCGGAACUGUCCCAGGACGAUAUCCAAGAAGGGGACUGCACGGUGGUGACGGAAGAAGUGGUCAACCCAACGGAGAUCGUCCCGGCGGACAAAGUCGUCGAAACGAGCGAAAAUCUAAGUGAAAUUAUCAAGAAUAGUAUUGUUGAAACUGUGUCUAACUAAUUGUACAUAAGCAGCAGCAGCAGCAAAUCCCCUAACAUUAAGUAAUGUUCCCGUUUUAACACUCGCGUUCACCCUCGUUUUGCUACUUUUGUUAGCAGCGGCGCGUUCGUGCGCGCGGUCUAGUUCGAAUCUUCUUUUCUCUGCAGGGUUAGCGUAAAGUUUUUGCUCCAUUUAUUAUUUUUUUUGCUACAAAUAUAUACAUUUAAAAGUGUAGUUAUUUAAUCCUUGUUUAAAUUUCAUACCCGUUUCCCCUCUUUAUUGCAAAACCAUUUAACUGUUUCCGUUACGCAAAGCUGGUAAUUAUCAACACACAAAAAUCAACCCCACUUUAGACUAGCAGCAGUAGACAAACAUUAGCCAAUUUGCUCGGAAAACGAGUUCCGUUG